GGAAGUUUUAUAGGAAAUCAUGACGCCUGCCCUCUUUGCGCGGCUGGCUGCGUCACUUCCGGGCCAGAGUUCGCCUUUUACCAGAUCACGUGGGGUGGUGGUCUGAGCAAAAUGGCGACGCCCUCGUCGCCCUGGUCGGGCUUCAACUACCGCCCGGCUCCCUUGGCCCCGCUGCCGCCCACGCUAGACCCGGCCUAUUACGACGCCUCGCCCGAGAAGCGCCGCGCCGAGGCCGAGCGCCUGGCCAUCCGCUCCCGCCUCAAGCGCAAGUACCUGCUGCAGCUCAACGACCCCCGCCGCCCCUUUAUCGUCGAAGACACCGCCAUGACUCAGUGGACCUACGCCAGAGCAAACAUCUACCCACAUUUCCGCGUCACUCCUAAAACUUCCUUCUUGGGUGCCCUGUUUGGAAUAGGGCCCAUCGCUUUCUGGUGGUACGUCUUCAAAACGGAAAAGGACUAUACGGAGAAACUCAUCCGAGAAGGCAAGUACGAACGGCCCUUCCAUCUCGCCUACUGAGCUCCCAUGAACAGUGUGCUGGACCUCUGCUGCCGACUGGCCCCUGUGGCACUUGCGCUCUCUCCGUGUAGCAGCAUCAGGCAUCUUGCAAAAUCUGCACGUCUUGUUCAGGAGCUGGUUUCUCUUCAUUGCAUUACAAGGUGUCAGCUACAAUAAAGGCUGUCUUGGCUCUGAAA